GGCAUUUAUCAGUUAUAUCAAUGGACAGGGCGAUAUAAUUAAUUGAAAUGGACAACGCAGAAUAGGUUACACCUUCAGAUUAUAUCGUUCUGUUGACUGACAGGAAGGAGUAGCUGAAAUAGAAAGUGAUGUUUUAGGACUCGGAGAGAUGACAGUUGCACGAUAAUAGCUUUCGUUUUCUUCGAAGCUGACAACAAAUAACCAUAGACCAAAGCGCACCAACAAUAUCUAUUCUAAGCCGCUGUUUCUAUUCAAGGAUACUGAUCAUAAGUGGAUUAGGGUAUGGAUUAUUUAGACGUGAUGAACCUUUGGAACCACCAACACUAUUAUCCAAAUGAGAACGUGAACACAGACAGUAAAACCAUACUCUAUUAUGGUUUGCACAAUCAAGGGGCGACCUGUUAUUUGAACAGUGUGCUGCAGGUCCUCUUCAUGACUAAGGGCUUCAGAGAGGCUGUUGAAAGCCAAGAGCAGGAUAAUGUUGAACAGAACACCUUUGAUCUUCAGCUGAAAUGUUUGUUUGAGACUUUAAAGAAAAAACAAGCUCACACUAAAGAUGUCACAUCGAAACUGGGCAUUGAAAAGGUGUUCGAGCAAGGUGAUGCUGCUGAAUAUUUUGAGAAGAUUUUAAGCAAGGUCAAUCCGGAUGUGUCUAAGAUAUUUCAGGGACAUUUGAAGCACACUGCCACCUGUUCUAUAUCUGACCGUCAUGUGAACAGUGACGAAGUUGGUCCAUUUUGGACUGUGCCACUCUCAAUGGAAGAUAACAACUACUCAAUGGAAGAUAACAACUACUACUACAGUGUGAGAGAUGGUUUUGAGAAUUUUUUCAAGUCUUCAACUGUCAGUGGUGACAAUCAGAUGUACUGUGACUACUGCGAUGGGAAAACCGAUGCAAUCCUUGCAUGUAAGAUGGAACAUCCCCCAGAGAUUCUGACUCUGCUCCUCAAGAGGUUUGAGUUCGACUACAACAGGAUGUCAUAUGUCAAAAUUGAGAGCUGUGUGGAGGUGCCUCACACGUUACAGACGAAGGACUGUGACUAUGAACUCUAUGCAGUUGUGGACCAUGUGGGAAGUCUAAGAGGUGGACAUUACACAGCUAAAAUCAAGUCCUAUCAGAAUCACAACUGGUAUGUGUUCGAUGACAGCUACGUCACACAGUUGAACACUGCUGCUCCUGUCUUACAGCUCAAUUCAAAACCAUUUGAACAAGAUGAGAGUUUUAGGUCCCAGAGCGCGUACCUGCUGAUGUACAGGAAAUUGGAUUCUCCAGAUCGUCAGAAGAAUCAUGGAACCGAUCACAAAUGUUCACUCAGUGACUCUCAACAAUCUACUCCGUCCUGUUCCAUUGAGACGGGAGCCAGCGGAACAAGCGAAGAAGAAGAGAGAAAAGUUCAAUCAAAUCAAUCUAUCAAUCCAGUUGACUUGGUAGGGAGAACAGAAGUUGUCCCAGAGGAAAGACAGAAAAAUGAUGGAAAGGUUGUUGAUAUGAUUAGAGAGAUGAACAUAAAAGAUAUGAGUGGAGAGGAUAACGUUGCUUCUACUGAUGAUAAAGAUGAUACUUUUAAUGGAGAGAAAGAACAGGAAGUAGAGGAUGAUGUUGUUGGACAAAAAGAACAGGAAGGUGAAGUGGCCAAUGUUGAGAUGCAAAUGAAUGAUGAAGGGAGCAGGGAAGAGGGUCAUGGUAUGACAAGAAAGUAUCAUGGUGUAAAAGGAGAACUGGAAGAAAAUGAGGAAGGUGGACAGAAUCAAAGAGAUAAGGCAAAGAAAAGGGAGGAUGUUGAUGUGGAUGAAGCUGGACAGAAUCAAAGAGAUAAGGCAAAGAAAAGGGAGGAUGUUGAUGUGGAUGAAGCUGGACAGAAUCAAAGAGAUAAGGCAAAGAAAAGGGAGGAUGUUGUUGUGGAUGAAGCUGGACAGAAUCAAAGAGAUAAGGCAAAGAAAAGGGAGGAUGUUGUUGUGGAUGAAGCUGGACAGAAUCAAAGAGAUAAGGCAAAGAAAAGGGAGGAUGUUGUUGUGGAUGAAGCUGGACAGAAUCAAAGAGAUAAGGCAAAGAAAAGGGAGGAUGUUGAUGUGGAUGAAGCUGGACAGAAUCAAAGAGAUAAGGCAAAGAAAAGGGAGGAUGUUGUUGUGGAUGAAGCUGGACAGAAUCAAAGAGAUAAGGCAAAGAAAAAGGGAGGAUGUUGUUGUGGAUGAAGCUGGACAGAAUCAAAGAGAUAAGGCAAAGAAAAGGGAGGAUGUUGUUGUGGAUGAAGCUGGACAGAAUCAAAGAGAUAAGGCAAAGAAAAGGGAGGAUGUUGUUGUGGAUGAAGCUGGACAGAAUCAAAGAGAUAAGGCAAAGAAAAGGGAGGAUGUUGUUGUGGAUGAAGCUGGACAGAAUCAAAGAGAUAAGGCAAGGAAACGGGAGGAUAUCGUUGUGGAUGUAGAUAAUGUCUUGGAAAAUGGAACAGAGGGUGAUGUGAUCAGUAGAAAGGAUGCGGUUGUGACGGACAGAGAUGGAGAUAAUAAUGAGAGAAAGGAGAAUAGAGAUGGUGCAGCAAAGACAAAGCCAGGUAGAAUAAUAGAUGACACUGGGGAUGAUAGAACAGCAAAAAUAAAUGGUGGUGAGCUAAAGACAAUACAGGUUGAAGUGGCACAGUUAGGAGAGGAUCGUGAUGUGACAACGAUGAGUCAAACUAACCACAGUAACUCUCCCAGUUCCGUUAAGACGUUUCAGAACAGACUGUCAGCCACCCCAGAGGAAACAACAACAUGUUUUUGCUUCAAGAGAAAGAGAGCGAGAGGGGAAAAGAUCAGUGAACAUCACAAAAGGAAGAAAAUGGAAUUGGAGGAGAGCAGAGAAGGUGAAAAGAAGAGUAUGUUAGGAGGACAGAGUAGAAAAGAGAAAAAGAAGGAAAUGGCAAAUAGAAAGAAAAGCAAAGAGGAGGAAAUAAAGAAAAGCUCAAAGAGAAUAAAGGAGAAAAAGAAGAACCCAGUGGGAAAGAGAAAAGGUUACCUUGAAGUUUAAAUUGAUACUAAUAAAUAGAAUUGAAUGAAAAUCAUGAGAAUGGUUCUAUCUAAAACUAAGUAAUGAACUUUGAUGAUAUUCUCAAUUGAACCAAACAAGGAUUAGUGCGAAAGCUGUGAUAAAUUGCUCUUCUAAUUUUGCCAAACUAACAUGGCUUGGCAUUGUGCUUGUGUAUAUAGAUUAAAACAGAGCUUUAGUGUGCACCGGUUUUGAUAAUGAAAUAAUGGUAAUGGCAUUAACUUCGGAUCUGAAUAAUGUAAGGAAUCAUUUUUGUAAUCCAUACAUUUAAUAGAAUUAAAACUGGAUUCAAAUGA